AUGGCUCCUUUUAUAGAAGCCAAGGGUCGUGCUGGGCCUCAUCAUGCCUCGGCGGCAGGUCAGCAGGGAGCAAGCGGCGAAUCCCAACGACGAGUGCUCGUGGCCAUCGAGGAUUGGCGGACCGCCCAGCUUCAAGGCCGCGGUCUGCAGCGAAUUCUCUCGCUCAUCGAAGAGGAGAAGGAGACCAACGCAAAGACGCACGCUUGGAUCGCAUUCGCCAGCCCGGAGCAGGUUCGAGAACAAUGGGACCGGUUGGAGCGGCAAUCCUCGUUCGAUCCCAGCCGAAUGCCCCUGUUCGGCGUGCCGUUUGCCGUCAAGGAUAACAUCGACCUUGCCGGCUUUCCCACCACCGCAGCCUGUCCAAUGUUCGCCAGCUCCCCGGCCGCGUCGGAUGCCCCCGUCGUUGCCAGGCUCAAGGCUGCCGGGGCCAUUGUCGUUGGAAAGACAAACAUGGAUCAGUUCGCCACGGGACUCGUCGGCACGAGAUCUCCUCACGGCGCCGUGCCAAACUCCUUCGACGAAGCCCGCGUCAGCGGAGGCUCGAGCUCGGGCAGCGGCGUCGUCGUCGCACGCUGUGCCGUGCCCUUCAGCUUGGGAACCGACACCGCCGGUUCCGGGAGAGUGCCGGCCGGCUUCAAUAACUGCGUCGGCCUCAAACCAACCCGUGGCGCCCUCAGCACGCGGGGCGUCUUGCCCGCUUGCCGGACCUUGGACUGCGUCAGCAUUUUCACCCUCACCGUCGCAGAUGCCAAGACCGUCCUCGACGUCGCCGAAGCAUACGACCCCGACGAUGCCUACUCCCGACGCCGCCCCGAGCCACACUAUCCCCUUUCCGUGCCGGCCUUUGGAGUGGCAAGCGUCGAGGAUCGACCUCCGAGGCUUGCCAUCUGUGACCACCCAGACUGGCACGGCAGAGACGAUCACUAUCCCGCGUACGAAGCUGCGCUGAAAAAGGCCGCCGACCUCGGAUGGGACCUCGUACCCGUCGACUUUUCCCAACUCUUCGCCCUCGCGAAGCUGCUGUACGAUGGACCUUGGGUUGCCGAGCGCUAUGCCGCCAUAAAAGACUUCAUCGACCAGGCCGCCCAUGGGGUCAUGGACCCGACGGUGCGGGAAAUAAUAUCCAGAGCCAAGGCAUUUUCCGCCGCCGAUGCCUUUGCGUCCGAGUACGCUCGCCAGGACCUGGCUCGAGAGAUAUCGAAUGCCUUUGAGAGCUUUGAUGGCCUCCUAGUUCCGACCACACCCACCUUUCCCACCCAGGCACAGGUCGCACGAGAUCCCAUCCGGGAGAAUUCUCUUCUCGGCACCUAUACCAAUUUCGUCAAUUUCCUCGACUGGACCGCCAUCGCCAUUCCUGCCGGAUUUCGACCAGACGGGCUUCCCUUUAGCGUAACGCUCAUCUCCAAUUCGUGGCAGGAGUCGACGCUCUUUCGACUGUCGCAAAAAUGGUUCGCCGAUGGUCCGCGGUUGCUCGGUGCUUCCGGCAUCUGCAGAAAAGCCGAUGGCGAUCCUGCGGCCGACAUCGAUUCACGUCGCUGGACCGCUGUCGCCGUCGUUGGCGCACAUCUGACGGGAUUUCCCCUCAACAAGGACCUCGUCUCCAGGGGAGGACAGUUUGCGUACUCGACUACCACUUCCCGCCAAUACCGACUCUACAAGCUAUGCUCUGCAUCCGGACCGGAGAAGCCAGGCCUGGAACGAGUUGCCUCGCCAAACAAGGGGCGGCAAAUCGCACUCGAAGUAUGGAGGCUGCCGUCGCAGGCGUUGCCGGAUUUCAUGACGACCAUUCCGCCACCGCUUGGUAUCGGCUCCAUCGAGCUGUAUGACGGAAGCUGGGUCCCUGGUUUCAUCUGCGAGCCCAUUGGCCUGCAAGGUGCCCAGGAUAUCACCAAGUUUGGAGGAUGGCGUGCCUACUCACGACACAUGGAGGCGCACUCGGCAUGUAACGGUGUUUGUACGCAAGCCUCCGAGCAGUCGUGCAGGGCCGUGAAGAAGAUAUCAAAGGUUCUCAUCGCGAACCGAGGCGAGAUUGCCGCUCGAAUCAUCCGAACCCUUCGCAAGAUGAGCAUCGACGCCGUUUCAAUAUACGCCGAACCGGACGCCGCAGCACCACACGUGCGCGAGGCCGAUGUAUCCUUGCCUCUUUGCGGCGACUCGGUUGCUGAAACGUAUCUCAAUGGCGCCCAAAUUUUGCAACUCGCAAAGUCUGCCGGGGCCGAUGCCAUCAUACCAGGCUAUGGAUUCUUGUCGGAAAACGCCGACUUUGCCAAGUCGGUCGAGGCAGAGGGCAUGAUAUUUGUCGGCCCUACGGCGGAGCAAAUCGACAACCUUGGAUUGAAGCAUCGAGCGCGUGCGUUGGCGGCAUCUUCCGGGGUCCCUAUUAUUCCGGGGAGCUCGACGUUGCUUACCUCACUCGACGACGCCCGCGAGGAAGCCAAGAGGAUUGGAUUCCCCUUGAUGCUGAAAAGCACGGCCGGAGGAGGCGGCAUUGGAUUACGACGUUGUAACGAUAUCGAGGAACUUGACGACGCCUUCAACGCUGUCCAACGCUUGGCGGCGGCCAACUUUGGCGACUCCGGCAUCUUCAUCGAGCGGUUCAUCGAGAACGCUCGCCACAUCGAAGUGCAAAUUAUCGGAGACGGCAAAGGGCGCGUGGUGACGGUUGGCGAGCGCGACUGCUCCUUGCAGCGAAGGCAUCAAAAAGUCAUCGAGGAGUGCCCGGCGUUUGCCAUAGCGGAACACAUCAGGCAGGGCAUUCACGCCGCCGCCGUUCGACUCGCUUCUGCCGUCAAGUAUCGCAACGUCGGCACCAUUGAGUUCAUUUAUGAUGUUGACUCUCAAGAUUACUUCUUCCUCGAAGCCAACACUCGUCUGCAAGUGGAGCAUCCUGUGACGGAGGCCGUCACAGGUCUUGAUCUCGUUGAGUGCAUGCUCAAGGUGGCCGGCGACAACUGCGAUGAGCUCUUUGAAGCCGGCCGAGUGACACUUGAAGGGGCGUCGAUUGAAGUAAGGCUCUAUGCCGAAAAUCCGCUUCAACGCUUCCGCCCCUGCUCCGGAACAGUCAAGAAUCUAACGUUCCCGUCCAACCUUCGUGUUGACACAUGGAUCGAUGUCGGCACCGAGGUAUCCACCCGCUAUGAUCCGCUACUGGCAAAGUUGAUUGCGACGGGUAAGGAUCGUCAUGAGGCUCUGGAGAGGUUGGCCGCCGGCCUGGACGAGGCGCAGAUUGAAGGAGUUCAAACGAAUCUGGAAUAUCUGCGCAAGAUUGUGGCCUGGUCGCUGUUCCAAUCUGGUGGAUAUACGACCAAAUCAUUGGACGUUUUUCAAUUCCACUCAAACUCUUUCGAGGUCCUGGAACAAGGCGCGAUGACAACCAUUCAAGACUACCCUGGCAGGGUUUCUUAUUGGCAUAUAGGCGUCCCCCCUUCGGGCCCUAUGGACCACCUCUCGUUCCGCCUCGCCAACCGCCUGGUGAGCAACGACGCCGAUGCCGCAGCCAUGGAGUGCACAUUUCAGGGCCCUACUCUGAGGUUCCACUGCGACGUGAUCGCCGCGUUGACCGGCGCAAAAGCUGAAACUACACUCGACGACGAGCCUGUGGCAUUCAACCAAGCUUUCGUCAUCCGCGCCGGCCAGACCCUACGAGUUGGAUCGGUUGAGAGUGGGUAUCGCGUCUACAUCGCAGUUGCGGGCGGCGUAGACGUGCCCAAGGUCAUGGGAAGCCGCGCAACGUUUGAAGUUGGGGCCCUGGGACACGGCAAGCUGCAAGCUGGACAGAUCAUCCCCCUGGGGUCUAGCCAACACUGCAAGUCACCGGCAGGCAACCUCCCGCAAUCACCGGCGGUUCCGAUUCCAGAGCAGCCGAAUGCGAGCUGGACUAUCGGCGUCAUCCCCGGACCUCACGGAGCUCCCGAGUACUUUACCGACGACGGCCUCGAAACACUCUUCUCUGGAGAGUGGAAGGUCCACCACAACAGCAACAGGCUAGGCGUUCGACUGACUGGUCCGCGCCCGAAGUGGGCUCGUCAGUCGGGGGGGCAAGCCGGCCUCCAUCCAUCCAACAUCCACGAUACGCCGUACUCGAUUGGUAGCAUCAGCUUCACCGGCGACGAGGCGGUCGUCUUGACCUGCGACGGGCCUAGCCUAGGAGGCUUCGUGGUGUUCUGCGUCGUCGCGACCGCGGAGCUUUGGAAAUUGGGCCAAGUCCGGCCUGGCGAUAGCAUUCGCUUGCAUGCCAUGGACACGAGCACGGCCUACCGGCUAGAGAGGGAGCUGGACAGCGCGAUCCAAGACCUCAGGGAGCCACCGAAUCUCGAGGAAUUUUGCCUUUCGGCUGGCCCGGUGGACAUCUUUGGAGCCAUCAUCGGCAAGAUCGGCAGCUCCAAAGACAAGAUUGUUGCUCGGCAAGCCGGCGACCACGCCAUGGUUCUCGAGUUUGGCGAGAGCGAGGGUUUUGAUAUGCGCCACAGCUUCAAAAUUCAUGCUUUCUGUCAGAAUCACAUCCAAAACCCCGUUGGUGGAUUCGAGGAGCUCACCCCUGGCGUUCGUACCGUUCACAUGAUGUACUCGAGCGGCCUCACCCCAAAAAGCGUCCUCGACCGGAUAUCUCGCCAUGUGUCAUCUUACUCAACGCCGACAAAAGUACCCUCCCGCAUGAUCUUUCUGCCACUCGCCUUUGACGACUCGGUCAGCAAGGCAGCCGUGCAGCGAUACGCGUCUACCAUUCGGUCAACAGCCCCCUGGCUCCCUAGUAACAUUGCGUUCUUGGAAGAGCUCAACGGUAUCGACGACGUGUCCGAGCUGCUUUACGACGCGACCUUUCUUGUUCUCGGACUUGGGGAUGUGUUUCUGGGCUCCCCUUGCGCCGUUCCGCUGGAUCCGAGACAUCGUUUGUUUGGGACGAAAUACAACCCCUCACGGUCAUUUACACCUCGUGGCUCGGUCGGCAUCGGAGGACAGUACAUGUGCAUCUAUGCGGCCAACUCUCCUGGCGGGUAUCAGCUUGUCGGGCGGACCAUCGACAUUUGGGACUCGGGUGCCGUACCAACGGGUGCCGGCAAGACGGGAGCGAAUCCCUGGAUGUUCCAGCCCUUUGAUCGCAUAAGCUUCUAUCGCGUCCGGGAAUCCGAGCUAGAUGGCAAACCUGCAGAGCAACUGAUUCGCAUCGCCGAUGGGAGCUUGGAUCUCGAAGAGUAUGAGGCUUGGGUGGCGUCAAACAAGGACGAUAUUGAGCAAGUAGCGGCGCGUCGUCAAGAGUCCAUCUCCAGCGCCCCCUUUCUUCCGGAGCUGUGCGCGCCCUACCGACCGAGCAAGGUGCACAAUGGCGGCCCGAGCGGAUCAUCGACGCUUCCAAAUCUCGGAGGCGAAAGCGUCAGGGCCAUGAUGCCGGGGCACUGCUACAACUUUCGAGUGCGGGAGAAGGAGACUGUCCAAAGAGGAGAAGUGCUGGUAAGUGGUGUCGAGGUUCUCUGCUCGCAGCAGCACCGCUAA